GCGCUCUCGCCGGACGUCACGCGCGCAUGCUAAAAUGCCCGCGCAGCCCCGCAAUGUGCUGGCGAAUUGUGAACAAAAAAACUGUGCAAAUCGUGCUAAUAUAUCUCGCUAUUUACUUAUUUAUAUCGUAUAUCAUGCUGCCGGAGACGUUCUACACGUUUGUCAGCGAUGAGCAGAGAAUUGGUGACAAAUAUCCACUGAUUUUCUUAGUCGCCCCCCGCGUGCCGGCGCUUACAGAUGCGGAAGGCGCCGACGUCUUCAAAACUAGAGGCUGCGGGAGAUGUUUUGUGACGAACAACAAAGGUUUUUUGCCAAUAGGGCUGUACGAUGCCGUGCUAGUUGUACACAUUAACGAACAGGAGACCGCGUUCGCGGAUCCGGAUAAAUUUUACCUGAUCGAAAGUAGCCAAAAGUGCAUCAAGAAUAAGUUUAAGCACUGCAGUUGGGAACCGAAAAUAACAUCUAUUGCCAGUAAGCAAACGUUCGACCUCUGCGGCUUCUGCGAUCACCUAAUGAAGAAUAUGAAGAAACCCCUCAAAUUGUGAUAUUAUAAGACUAAGUGAAGUAAUGCCUUGUUUAAUUAAGGUCUCGUGCCUGUGACCAAAUAGAUAGAUAUGUUGAUGUUGUAAUAUUGGUGCUGGAGAUGAAUCUGUUUAUAUUAUUGAUUUUGUUUUGAAUGAUUGUAUUAGUGAACAAUAAAUCGAUUACGAUACUUAAAAUGAAGUACAAACGUUAUAUUUACAAAUUAUACGUUUUUAGAAAC